AUGGCGACAACCUCGGAGCGCAUCAAGAACCUGGACUGCACGUCGUCCGUUUGGGUGACAAAGGACCAGCGCGAAUCAGGCCUCAAGUAUCUGGUGGAGAAGCACGCCAGGCAAGGUGCGGCCAUCACUGCCCGCACGCUCUCCGGACUGGUGGUGAAUGCAGAGGAGGAGGCAGCACGACAGGAGGCCGCAAAGACUCAGAAGAGGCAACGAGAAGGACAGCUGAAUGAACUUGUCGAGGAGAUGGCGAAAGCCGACGGGGAGGUGAAAGCCCCGACGGCUUCGCUUUUCUCUGGCCUCCGGCAGGCCCAAGCGGAUGCCAAGAAGAAGAAGCCGAGCGUCGUGGUGGUCAAGAAGCCAAAGGUCGCGGAGGAGGAGGUCCAAGAGGCGCCCGCUGCCGCUGCGGCGCCGGAGGCAACCGGCCUUGGCUUGGGCGCGUACGACAGCGGCAGCGAGGACGAGAGCGAGGAGGAGGAUGAGGAGGAAAGCCAAGAUAAGAGCGGAUGA